AUGCAGACGCAGACGGACUUUGUCGCAACCAAGGCCAAGGCCACGCGCGAUCUGAUGCUCCAAGUGGAUACGGCGGCGGCGAAGCACUCCAAAGCAGGUGAAGAUCACCAGAAGUCCAUCACGGAGUUCGGCAAGGCGAGCGAUGCCUUGGAGGAAAUGGCCAAAAAGGUGACCCUCAAAGAGCAAAAACUUCGAGACAUCUUCGGUGACUACAAGAGCUCCUUGGAUCUUUGGUGA